CUCACACUUGUCUCCUUUACUUUUUUGCACUCUGCAAUUUUUUUGCAUGUGUCUUUGUUUUCUCUUUCUUCUUCAGUUCGUCUUCUUCGUCUUCUUCAUUGUUGUUUCCACCAAAAUCCCUAACCCUAAAAACCUCGAUUUUCCCGCCAAAAAUGUAUCAGUCAAUGAACCUAACCUUUUCUUCUAAUUUCACCAACCGAUCCUUUCUCAAACCACGAUUAAGCUCCGGGAUCUCCGCCACCAGACCUCCCAAACCCAAAUCCCUCAAUUUCAAAUUCAAUCCUUCCUGCGCCUCCUCCGCCCCCAAAUCCAACGAUUCAUCUCUAUCCGAUAAGCUCCUCUCGCUUCUCAAAGCUGUCCCUAACUGGUCAGACGGGAUCAAAGAGAGACGGAUGCAGCAGAAACGUACUCUCUACAGUCACGAGAAUUGGGUCAGACACAGAAGCUCACUACGUCAUCUCCGUCACGUAUCUUCGAGUACGUCUUCACGAGUUAUAUUGUCUUUGAUUCCACCUGUUUGUUUCUUCACCACCGUCGCCGUCUUGAUAGCUUCCUAUAACUCCGCCGUGGGUUUGAACUUGUUGCCUGAUUACUUCCCUGUACUUCGAGCUUCUCCUCUUCCGUAUCAGUUGACAGCUCCGGCUUUAGCUCUUCUUCUUGUGUUUCGUACUGAGGCUUCUUAUUCGAGGUUUGAACAAGGAAGGAAAGCUUGGGCUAAGAUUAUUAAUGGAACCAAUGAUUUAGCUAGGCUUGUUGUUUCUUCUGUUCGUCAUGGCUCCGCUGAUGAAUUGAUUAUUAAAGAUUCGCUUUUGCGUUACAUUGCUGCGUUCCCUGUGGCCCUUAAGUGUCAUGUGAUUUAUGGUUCAGAUAUUGCUAGUGAUCUCCAGAAUGUGAUAGACGCUGAUGAUCUGUCUUUGAUUCUUGAAUCCAAGCAUCGUCCUCGUUGUGUCAUUCAAUUCAUUUCUCAGAGCCUUCAGCUGCUGAAUUUGGACAGUACAAAGAUAGAUAUGUUGGAAUCAAAGAUGAUGCAAUUACAGGAGGGAAUUGGUGUAUGUGAACAGCUAAUGGGCAUCCCGAUACCACUUUCCUACACACGACUAACGUCGAGGUUCUUAGUCUUAUGGCAUCUUACACUCCCUGUUAUCCUAUGGGAUGAUUGCCACUGGAAUGUUGUUCCUGCUACUUUCAUUAGCGCUGCGUCUCUCUUCUGCAUUGAAGAAGUGGGUGUUCUUAUAGAGGAGCCAUUCUCUAUGCUGGCUUUAGACGAGCUAUGUGCCAUGGUGGCUAGUAAUAUUGAUGAAGCUGUUGAAUCCGAGAAGGUAAUAAGCAAUCGGAUCAUCAAGAAGAAAAGGGUCCAUGAGAUUAAGCACUCAUCAAAUGGUUGGCAUAAAUCUUGAAGUAAUUAAUGACAAUAUAUAUGUACUCUGUGUUGUCAUAUGUGAUGGCUAACUUAGAUUUGUUUAAGUAUUGAAUGUAACACGUAUAAUUAUUAGACAUUUGGUAGGGAAGCUUCACCUUGUAAUGUGUAUCUUUCUCAGUGUAACUUGUGUGUUGUGCUUGUAUAUGGCAUAUGCAGUUUCUGCUUUUACG